AUGGAAAAGAGUACGCAUGGGGAUAUGGAUUCUACCGAAAAGAAGUUGAUCGAGAAGGGAAAUGAGGCAAACGGGGAAGAAAACGGUGACUCAAGUGGCAGCAAUUCUGCAGUUGUCGAGAUACAGGAUGAACGCGAACAGUGGGGAAAGAAAACAGAUUUUUUGCUUUCCUGUAUCGGAUUUGCCGUCGGUUUGGGAAAUGUUUGGCGUUUCCCCUAUCUCUGCUACGCCAAUGGUGGAGGUAAGAAAGCAGGCUACGUUACAGCGUGUAUUUAACGUGUUGUGUUUGGAUCAUGUGAAUGACCUGAAUGAACUCAGUCCCUGGUGAAAUUUUUUGAUGUUUGACCUGUUUCCUUGUGUAGAUUUAAACACACUAAGGCAUUCGCCAUAAUAACUCAAAGCUUCAAACAAUACGAUUUCACUUAUAUUUCAUCAGUAAGGGGAACCAGAUAGGAUUUCGUUUUUUACCGCCCGUGGCUGGCUAUUGUAGUAAACAUUUAUUGAAUGCAAGUCAUCUGGAAGUCAAGUGUUAUUGACUGUCAUUAUAUUAACCAUGCAUGACCAGUUUUCGCGCGUUUUGCGAGUUUACUUUCUUGCGGGCGGCCAUUUUUGCAUCUGCAAAAUUUGUUUUCAUCACGGACAUUGUAUAAGCUAUUUCCUUUUUACUUUUUUUCGGACAAUGGAAAUGACUUUGUUAUUUCUUGCCCGAAUGUAAUCGUACCAGCGAAUCUCAUUUUGCCAACAUCUUUUUUGACGCGGAAUGAUGUUUUAUUAACGUGGCUGGUAAACUUCACAUGCCAAGGUGGUCUUACAGAGAAAAUAACUCGUGUGGGGGUGUUUUUUUAAACCUCUUUUUUUUUACCGCGAUUUCAACGCCCCCAGAAAACCGUGUUUGGGUUUAAUAAAGCUGGGUGAACUUUGAACAUCAUCACCAGUUUUCAGGAUUAUCGGUCAAUGUCCAUGAUUUAUUUGAUACCACGAGACCUUUGCUACAUAUGUUUAACACGGAAAUACUUUCCAGAUCCCACCCUCCCAAGGAUAUCUAUUUUAUUGUGAUUACAUGUUUUGAUUUUACACUGUUGUCUUGCCAUUAAUCACUUGUCUAGACAUACGCUGUUAAAAAUUCCGAAAUGAAAAAGAUCACGAUGGAUCACGGUGGUUGGAUGUUUAUGUCGAGCACAAUUUCUUUUCUUUUGAGUCCCCAGUUGAAUUGUGCCUCCUACUAGAUCAAUCUCUAUCCACUAAAUUUGUUUUAUCAUAUAUUCCUAAUGAGCCUGUUAUGUAAUCUGUUUACCUCGAUAUUUGACAAUGCACCAUUCAAUGGCUAAGCCUAUACGAUAUGUCAACAUGUACACUACAUUAAACAAUAAGUGGUUACGUGGACUUAAACCCAUUCAGUAGUUGUCCAGUGAUUAUAAUAGGACCAGGUCUACAACAAGUUUAUAGUUCAGGACCAGAAACCCAUCAGUUUCUGUCAGGACUUAGUUUGUUUAGAAAAUUGAAGACUUCGUAAUGGAAGCUUCCUUUAUAUAUAUUGUCUGUCAGUUUUGUAGAAAACAUUUCUUUUUUGCUUUGCUAAUCCCAAGACCACUACUAAUUUCUAUUCCAUGUUUAUAAAAGAAAACUAUGAGUGUAGUCUGAGAACACAUGAUUGAAUUUGUAAAUAUUAUCUGUGUGCAGGCAAAUGAUCAGCCCAGAUUGUAAAGCUGAAGUAUUAAUGCAUGUUAAAGUGCCAGUAAUAUUAUUGAGUACAUAAUUUAUGCUCUGGUUUACCCAAUAAAAUGCUCCACCUUAAUGCUCAGUCACCCCUCCCCUCCCCCCAAAGAAAAAAUCUCUCAAAUGGUUGAUAAUGCUCAACUUUGAGAGACUUUUUAUUAAUUCUAAGCAUUUUCUAAAACAAACUGUAAAAGUGUGUUUACAUGUAAGGCAAAUAGAAAUGUAUAAGUGGUAUGACAACAAUGUUUACAAGAUAAAAGUUUUUACACAGUGAAAAAAUGAUCCUGUACACCAUUUAAGGUGAAAUGUGAAUAUUAUUUUGAAUUUUGAGUUUAAGUCAUCAUAUCUCUUAAAAAAUGUGUCAAUUUAUUUUCUGUGACAAAAAGGCUAAUUUUACAAAAAAAAUGCCACUAAAAUUGGUGAACAAUGCUUAAAAUACUUUUGCCUCACUAAAAUGCUCAAACGAAUGCUAGCGUAAUAUACAAAAGCCAAACGUAAUACCUAUUUAGGUCGACCCAAACUAUUAAGUUCAACUGUUGAUUCAGAUGGUCGAACUUUACAUGUGCCAAACCUAAUUCGCGGCGAAAACAAAUAUCAUCCUUACUGCUUAAAAUAGGGAAAUAAACUGAAAAAAGAUAAUUCAUUAAGUCUGAAAAUUCUUGUUUUGAUUUUAGUGUGAUUUGUGUUCUUUCAUUGCAAGGAGUGAGCCGAGGAGAUCGUGAUCACAUUGACAUUUGGACAAAAUAAAGAAACGCCAUAAAUUUUAAAAUAUAGUAGGAUUUCUUUAUCAAUAUAAAGAAAAGCAACUUUGUAGAAGACCAUUUUAAGCUGUCCAGUUUCAGUAAAAAAAUCGACAACAAGAAUGCUGGUUAAGUCAUUACGCUUCUGUGAGUUCUGUCCACACAGGCAUGAAAACUCACUAUAUAGCCAGUCAGAAGUGCGGUUAGACGAUGAUUUAUGAAUUAGGUUCGGCGCAUAUGAGUUUCAAUGAAUGAAUCGAAGUUGAUCUUUUGCCGUUCUAUUCGACAAGCUCAGUUGAAUAGAAUGGAAGAGGUGACUCAAAUACAAAAGUGUCGUUCCUAAAUGAUUCAUACGUCGAAGUUAACAUGUGACAAACCUAGGUUCGGUACAUGUAAAGUUCGAAGUGGCUUUGCAAGUUACCUUGAUUUGGUGAAAAGCGUUUUUAUUAAUGGAUUGUUUCUCUCCAUACAUACGUAUACCAUAGACAAAACCCAUCAUGGCUAGAAACUACAGUAUAGAUGUUAAAAGUUUCAGAAUAUUAAGUUGAGACUUAAGGUUUGAAAAUGCCUCAUUUGUUUUGUUGUGCUAUCAAGAUGACAUUAUUGUGUAAAACCUACUUCAAACCUCUAUUUAAGCUUUUUCCUGUCCUGAACAAUCAAAAAGAACCCUGGUGUGAUAUUAAUGUGAAUGCCAGUAUUAUGUUGUUUUUAAUUUAGCAUUUUAUUAUUUUUUGUGUUUGCAAAAGAUGAAACUUUUCUUUGGAAGUUGUUAAAAAGUGUGACCAGUUAAGUUAUUAAAGCAUGCUUUUAUGGUGGAAUAUUUUUGGUUUUGAGGUUUUUAUUUGUUUGUUUAUUCAUAGGAGCUUUCCUCAUACCCUAUAUAAUUUUUCUUAUACUGUGUGGAAUGCCAAUGUUUUACAUGGAACUGGCUGUUGGACAGUACUUCAGUCUUGGUCCGCUUGGAUCAUGGGGAGCUGCCUGUCCGUUGUUUCAAGGUAAUCAUUUUGCAUGUACCUAUCACCUUUUUGUGUUUGUUUUUGUCCUGUAAGUUUAUUGAGGGUAUUACUUAAAUGUUAAAGGGAAAUCUUUACUUUCUGAUCUUAGCAAAUAACCCAGUGACAGUACCAAUGUGAGUCUUUUUCUUUUGCUAAGUUAUCUGUAAAAUACUUGUUGGCUAUUGUCACCAAUUUAUCCUUCAUUCAAGAUGCCCCACCAGAGUCAGGAACAAUGUAAGGAUUGAUAAGUGCAGACAGAUAAAACUAAGUUCAGAACCAAGCACUUUUUCACUCUCUUUUGAUUCAAAAUUCACCCACUACCACCUUCUCCUCCUAUGCACCCCUCCCCCACAAAAAAAGGAACUAAAGAAAUGAAACAAUAUUGAUCUUGUAACAUUACUCUCUACCAGGGGUUGGAUUUGCCAGCAUGAUGGUUUCUUUUCUUGUGAGUGCUUACUACAACAUCAUCAUAGCCUGGUGCCUUUAUUACCUGUUCUUGUCCAUGAAGAAGGAGGUUCCUUGGAAAUCUUGUGGUAAUUGGUGGAACACUGACAAUUGUUUAGCAGGCCGUAUACCAGAUAAAACCAGCUGUUCUGCUUUUACAAAUAACACAGCAGCUAUUGCCAAUGGUACUGCUGCGCUUGCUAAUGCAACAUUUUCAAACUGCAGUAGUAAUACAACAUUAGAAGACAAUGCCUCACCAUCUCUGGAGUUUUGGCAGUAAGUACAUUUUCUAGUAUUCAAUGUUACAGUAGCAGACUUGCAUGUAUCUUUAGAAUUUGCAUCCCCCUGGACCCAAAUUUCAAGUGACUGCUAUUUUUGGUCAUUGAUUUUGUUGUUUUAGGGCCCAAGGUUGUGCAAUCUCUGUUUCCGGUCUUGUUUCUUUUCUGUUACAGACAUUAUGUCCUACGUUUGACCGACAGUAUUGAUGAUGCAGGAGUUUUCAGAUGGGAGAUAUUACUUUGUCUAAUUGCAGCAUGGGUUAUAGUGUACUUUUGCAUGUGGAAAGGGGUCAAAUCUUCUGGAAAGGUAAAUUAGAGAAGAAAAGUGAUGAAGUCACAAAAACUAAAUUUGUGAAAUUAUGGGAUUGGUUGGCAUACCCAGAAAGAACAAGAUGAAAAAUGUUCACUGGUCAACCCUUUAAGCCCCAGUAUCCACAUACAAAUUCUCCAAACAUUUCCAUACAUUUACUUAAAGAAUUAGUUGAGAGAAUUUGAUGAUAGAUCAAGGCAUUUUCUCUUGGGUGAUCAUUUUAUUAAUUAUCAUAACUUAUCUCUUGACAGUGUAUGGAUCUUGUUAGGAGAAAAUUGAUCUUGGUCACUAUUGGGACUUAAAAUCAGCCUGUUGGUGUGAAUUGGUGGUGAGAUGUAAGCAAUGUUAUGCUCCGAUUACUCCAUACAAGUUCUUCUAAAAUAGGCCCGGAUCAUUAAUGUUAUGGUCCAAGCUAAUUUUAGAGAGAUUUGUAAGGAGUCAUCGGGGCAACCUGGUGCUUAUAUCCCCUCGCCAAUUUGCACUAACCGGCUGAUUUUUGGCAAGGGGGCUUUCUCGUCUUGUACUUUCUGGAUAUGCUAACCAAUCCCAUAAUUUGCACAUGAAUUUUUGUCGCAUCACACUUCUUGCUAAUGUUAAUUAUAAAAAUAAACUGUUAUACAGUUCAUGUGAGACCACCUCCCAUAAACGACCACCUGUCCAAAACACUGAAAUUUUCCCAUUGAAAUCCCUGCAAUCAGAACCUCUCGUGAAUGAGCACCUCUCAUAAGUGACCUCGACCAGGGUUUGGCCCAACAUUUAUUGCUUCCAUUGUUUUUAACCUUUUUGUAAGGGAACACUUGACACAUAAUGUGGUCUUUGUUCACUGUAUGUGCUAUGCCCCCAGCGUGUAACGAGAACUUUCAGUGACAACAUGUAACUAUACUUAUAUGUAACUUAGAAAUUGCAUGCAGUAAUUAAUUGUCUUCCAAAAAGUACAUGUGUUGGGAAGAGGCCCCCUGUUGUUGAUUCUUGUUAGCUACCACUACAGUUCGAAAACAACCAUGUUGGGUGGUUGCUUUCGAGAGGUUUGACUGUAUUAAAUAUUUGUUCUCUUGUUCACAGGUUGUGUACUUCACUGCAACCUUUCCUUACAUUGUUUUGUUUAUCUUGUUCAUCCGUGGUGUCACACUUCCAAAUGCAAGUGAAGGCAUCAUUUACUAUUUGAAGCCUGAUUUUGCACGUCUCAAGGACCCAGCGGUAAGAUCAUAAGCAGAUUUUGAAAUUAAUGGGUGUCCAGUCAUCAUGGAUGACCAGAAUUUGACACUGACGACCAAAUCACAGAUCAUGGUUGCCCCUUGGACAAUAGAAUUAAGCUGCCCUUUACCUAAAGAUACAUGUAUGAAUGAUUAUUAUAAGAACCCCAAAUUAUUUUUCAAAGUUGAUAUUUCUGCUUGAUAAAUGGCACAUUGUAAUAAUUAUCAAUCCAUUUGUUUACGAUGCGUAUGUACAUGUACACAAACAUUCGUAUUGUCUGCCAUCCUGUUUUGUGUUUUGCUGUUGUGCAUGAACACCCAAGCUCCAAGACGAUUCCCAGUUUUACAUGCCAUAUUAUGGCGCAUUCACCCAUGUGGAUUUAGCACAUCUGGCAAAACCAGCGUGCUGGAUGCCAAGUAAACAAAAAGAAGAAUCAACUCUUUCUGAAAAAGAGACUUGGGAGGAGGUUUCAACCAUUGCCUUGGCAAACAAGAGAACUCAAACAGAGGCAGGACACUCUGAACCUUAACAAAAUGCACUGGUUUAGAAAAUUCAGAUGCAGUGGGAUAUAUUUAUUUAGCUAUUGAAUUAAAUACUCACUAUGCCAUGAUUGUGUUAGUAAGCCUCUAGUAUUUUUCUCAUAAUGUACAUUACAGUUCAGUUCACUUCAGUUUAUUCACACUUAUAAUAUUUACACUGUAUAGAAUAGGAAUAAAAUAGCAAAUAAGAGAAAAAAGAAAAGAAAUAACUAAAUGGCUUUGAUAGAAGUGUACGGUGGUCAGAGGAGCUUAGUUUUCGAGCUAACCACCUCUGUAUUAUGAAUGAAAAAACUUAAUAUGUGCUUUAGGUACCAUGGCAAAUACGCACGAUAAUGUGUAACAGUCAUUUAUAUGUAGUCAACUUUGAGAGUUACGCAGAUUUCAUUAAUUGAACUGGUAGUAGUUGAGUGUUUUUACGUUUGUAGGAAUCUCUUACGGCAAACUUAACUGUGUGUUUGCCAUAAUUUGACCUUAUACGUGGCGCAAGUUUUGGCUUCUAGUUCACCUUAGUUUUAUUUGGCACCGAGAUUUCACCUUGGAUGCUUACAGCUGUAUAUGGUCCCUCACUCUCCUCUCUUUACUUGUCCUUGUCCUUCACCCCAUAGUAUUUUGAUUCCCUCUACCCAAAGCUAUUCAGUUUACAUCACAUCCCAAUCCAACUUUUUUCUAAUGAAUAUCUAACAUAUUAUGUCUUCAAGAAUUCCUUGCGUUAGAUUUCUAUUUUCCUUCUUUUGGACCUGUUAAUUUAGAAUACUGAGUUUGAAAACAAAGGAUAGUGCCAUAAAAAAUUACCAUGCAAAAAUACAGCAUGUCACUUAUUUAUUUGUUGCAAUAUUAUUGCAGUUUGAGAGCCAUGUUUUCUGUUUUGGUUUGUCUUAGGUGUGGGUGGCAGCUGCUACUCAGAUUUUUUACUCGCUUGGCAUUGGGUUUGGUUCUUUGGUUACGAUGGGAAGUUACAAUAAGUUCCAUAACAACGUGUUCAAGUGAGUGAAAGUUUUUUGACCAUUUUAACUAAGAGCCGAUCCACACCUGGAGACAAAUUGGGAAUUGUCUUUGAAACAUCUAAACCAAAUAUUGUAUGGUGACAAUGUUUAUCUGCAGUGGAAACUAUUAAUUUUUUCUUAACAGGGCCUUACAUCUGACAAUACUUGCAUUUUGUUAGUGGAGAGAAUAAUGGCUUUACAACAAAUGAUUGACAAGAAAAACACAUUUUCAUUCAUUGAAUUGAUUUUGUCCAGUUUUUACGCAGGACAAAUUUUGUCUGCGGUGCCAGUUUGAAGAUUGUCCUGGCUCAGACAAAAUUUUGUUAAAUUAGGACAAACCAUCUGCAUUUGUUAAGCGUUGGUGAUGACAGAAAAUUUGCCUAAAUAAACAGCUUUUUUGCUAGUGCGGAUAGUUUUUCUUAUUGCCGUUUUGUCUAAUGUAUGGUGUUGUUUUUCAUGACUAGAGAUGCCAUGAUGAUUUCGUUGAUCAACUGUGGAACGAGUGUUUUUGCUGGCUUUGUUAUCUUUUCCACCCUUGGUUUCAUGGCUGGAGAGCUCAACAAAGACAUCACAACAGUUGCAAGUUCUGGUAAGUUUUACCGGUAACUGCAUAGUGUGUUCAAAAGAAUCAGUAACCUUUACCUGUACCCUUAGUUUUGUGAAGUAGAAUCUCCUGAAGAUGAAAUUGUGACAUAUGUGAAAACUUCUCUUCAAAGGACCUGGACUGGCUUUUGUGGUGUAUCCAGAGGCUAUAGCGCAAAUGCCAAUUUCUCCGUUGUGGGCUAUCCUGUUCUUCUUCAUGCUGCUGACUCUGGGUUUGGAUAGUCAGGUACAAAAAAUAAUACACACCCUAUUCCAAAAUGUUGGCAACUUGAGUAAUUCUUUUCACAAUAAUUGGCCCUCAUUGUCUUAUUUCAAGGUAAAAGCUCUUUUGAAUUCAGAUGCAAGUGAUUCAAGAAGGAGGAAUAACAUAAUUAACAUAAAUAUUAAAAGAAUUAAAAUAGAAAAAAAAUAAUUCUUUUAUAUUUAUGUUAAUUAUUAUUGUUCAUUAAUAAUAAUAAUUGUAAUAUUGCUGCCAUUUUGGAAAAGGGUGUAUAUGGCUAGUUGUUUUAAUGUUUUGAUUCUUUACAGCUACCUAAAGUUUCUUAACAUUUAUUAUUAAGUUUUACACUCAGCAACGUUAUCUUAUUAGGGGGAAGGUGCCUGUUUAACUAGUUGUAAGCUGUAAAACUGACUUUCUUUGCACCCUGGACUUAACAGUUUGUUUCCUUGUGGAGUAAUAAACUAUCCAGAUUCUUCAUAAUUCAUAUAAGAGUGCUGCAGUAUUGCCAGUAAUUUGUUUCAGUCUAGAAUAUGGUUAAUCACUUUUCUUUCCUUCUAGUUUGGCAUGAUGGAAGCGGUAAUCACAGGAUUUGUUGAUGAGUACCACAUUCUCAGAAAACGCAAGGAACUAUUCAUCUUGGUUGCUUGUAUCAUUUGCUUUCUACUUGGCCUGCCGUGUGUAACCCAAGGUGGAGCAUAUGUUCUAAAUCUGUUUGAUUACCAGUCUGGAGGUGUUUCUCUUCUGUUUUUGGCUUUCUUUGAGACUGUAACCUUGGCCUGGAUAUAUGGUACAGACAAAUUUGCUCUUGACAUUGAGAAAAUGAUUGGAUGCCGGCCAGGACCAUGGUGGAGGUUUUGUUGGAAGUUCUUUGCACCAGCCAUCAUGGCUGGAAUCUUUUUGUACAGUACUUCACAGUGGGCUGGAGUCUCCUACGGUGAUUACAAGUAUCCACCUUGGGCAGAAUUUAUAGGAUGGCUUCUUGCUUUGUCAUCCAUGCUUCUGAUUCCUGGAGUUGCCAUUUGGCAGUUGUAUCGCACUCCUGGCACAUUCAUGGAGGUAAGUGCUCCGAAAUUGUGAUCUGUGAUCCGUUCAACAGAAUCACUAGCGACACUGCAUGGUCAUAAAUUAUAUGACUUGCUUCCUCCUUAACACAACAGGGCCCUUAGAGACAGGGACCAUGACUUCAUAUUCCUUAGAGUGAAAACUGUGCUUUUGUAAAUUAAGAUAUCUUUUUAGUUUUAUUUCUUGAUAUCCUUUUGUAAUUUACGUUUUGGAAUUUUGUAAUACAUAUAUAUAUUUAUUUUAUUACUGAUUGUAAAGCCACACGUAUGUUGUGUCUGAUCUCUUAAUUAUGAAGACCUGUACUACUUUUGAAGUGUUAAAGGAGCUAUGUCACAGUUUAUGGUGCAGAAGUUUUCAAGUUUUUUUGUUUGUAAUCUCUGGGAGUUUCCUCCAUCCCACACCAUCUUUAGUCAUUAAUGUCACUUGCUGUUGAAUAGGACACAAAUUAUGCACAAGGACAAAAUGGAGCAUAGCUUUUUUAUUUACAUGGUUAUCAAAUUUUAAUAUGCUCUUUAAGUUCCUGCUAACAAAAAUUUUCCCAAAGCGAAGUGUUUUUGUGUUUACAGAAAGUUGAACACGUGAUCAACUUUUACAAAAGGCCUGUUCUAAAGUAAGGAGAAGGGGUGAACCACUGUUGCUCACCCAAGAUAAUAAUAAUAUGAUCUAAAUUUAUUUAACAAAUAAAAUAAUAUGAAAUAUUCAUAUUAAUAUAUACCUUUUGCUUUCUUUUUGCUAUUAGCGACUCUAUAUAUGCUUAAAACCAGACCCUGUUAUCCAAAGGGAGAUAGAAGAGAAGCAAGGUCUUGAACAUAAAGUAGAACUUGUUAAAGUGUAAAUAAAAAGGUGAGAAGUUUGGUUCUUAUUUGCAUCAUCUUGUUUCCAAAAACCACUGCCUUCUUAGCAGUAUUGAUGCUUUUGUGGUUACCUUGCCAUUAACAACUGCAUCGCUAAAAUGGAGAUUGGGUGCCUGAAGUAUCCAGGGGCUUCCACUAUUGGCAACCAGCCCCUAGAUUGAAAUAAUGCCCCCAUGACUGGCACAACAGCGCAACCCAGCCAUGAGCCCCCACACCAAAGGAAAGGAACGGGCACCUGUCACACUGAAAAAACAUCAGUGGAGAAAAAACCCAACAAGCCUAGGGGGAGGGCGGGAGGGGACGAAAAUGGCCGACAGAACCCAGCACGAAGUGAAAACUGAACGCGCCAAGGAAUCACAUGAUCGAUGUAGCCAGCCACCGGGCAUGUGCAUGCCAAAGACCGCUGACCUAGGCACCCAAUCGAUCUUAGUUGUUAACUCCUUUAAAUUGCAUUUAAAUGCAUACAACAGGCAACACAACUAGAAUAAUGUAUGUUCCCACCAUGUAUUCUCAUGUCUGUUUUGUGGUAUUUUGCAGGUUCACAAUAUAAAAUGUAAUAAUGUUUAUACUGUUUCCGUACUCUGCUUGUGUAAAUAAAGAUCAAGAGUGAUGAAGAAAUCGUGACCUGUACACCAAGUCUUCAAGGUGAUCAGAUCUCAAGACUCUUCCUUUCACUCCUAAAGACAUUACCAUGUUAUUGGUAACAGUGGUAUGCCAUUUAUACUCAUGGAAUAAAGUGGCAGCCGCACCAUUGCUUCCAUCCUCAACAGCUCUGAAAUAUCACUAAAGAACUUAAGUUGUCUUCAUGGGAGAUUGUGUUCAUAAAAUUUUGAGAAGAAGAACGUUGGUUAAUGGUUUCCUGUGUUGUGUAUAUAGCAGACAGGAAUUUGCAUCGAGUGCCACACUAGCAGAGUUUGGUGGGUGGCAGAUGUGACAGAGGGGACGGGGAGUGGAAAGAAGUCCUUGGUACUCCAUGGACCCUUCCUCUUACCCCAUGUACACUUACCCCCUUUCACAAAAUACCCCUUGUGAGCCUGCAAUCACUUCCUAGAUUUGGCUGCCUUUGUUCAAAAAUUAAAAUGGUUUCCAAUCUUUUUCACUCCUCCAGCAGAUAGUCAUUUGACUGGGGAUAGUGCUAUCCAGGUCUUAUUCGACGAAAGACAGCUCUUGAACUGUAGGAUUGAGGAGUAUUUAAAAUGCAACAUACUUAGGUUGGCUCUAUAAAAUGUUUCUUGUAAUCUCAUAUAAUGUAAGAUGGGUAUGUUCAGACUCAAGUAAGAUGGAAGUAAUAUUUUUGUUCUAUGAGUCUCACUACAAAGAAAAGGAAAUACAGUGCUGGCACGGUUCAUCAGUAACAUACCUUUUUUGUGCUUUUACGUCAAGACCCUAUGAAACGAGAUUAUGGUGAUGUUCGAAUUCUUCAAGCCUUUUUUCUGUCGCAUUGCUAUAAUAAGGACUGCCUUUAUGCUAUUUUGCCUGAAGUUUAUCUCCUAAAUUAGCUUUUUGCAGCCUCAAGUAUCAGUUGGUGUAUGUUUUUGUACAAAAUGAAAAGAAUUGUGUUUGGAGUUGUAUAUAAGGUCAUCUUUUCAGGAUGUAAGGAAAGUAAGUUUUUCUAGUUUGUCUAUCAAGUAAUUAAUUUGGAUUUACUAAUCCAAAAGGCAUUCUCGACACUUUUCUCAAUUUCUGGAAAAAAAUUAUGGAGACACAAAAUUUUGUUCUUUCGAGUCCAUGAACCAAAAUAAAUAAUGUUGUGCUGUUACCAUUUUAAAAAAUAUUUCUUUUUGACUCUACUUCCACGACGUACUUUUUCUCUUUCACUAUGUCAUUUCAUCAAACCAUUGAUUAUAGAGAGAUAUUUAUAUUAAAAAAAUUGUAUUCAUCACCUGUAGGUCGGAUGUAGUUUUUGAGGGAGCAAGCUCAGUAUUUUCUGCAGUUGUCAGCUUUGCCUUCGAAAGCAGAGGAAGAUUAGAGAGAUUAAAAACUGUGAUUGAACCCAAGCAAAUUCUUGUGCUCGCCCUCUUGUCCCGUAACGAUUGCCAACCCCCCACCCACCCUGAGCCCCCACUCACUACAUGGUAGGAAAUAGUAAGUGCUUCAUGGUGCUGUAUUUGGCCUCACCUGGGCCCCUAUCCUGGAUCCGCCAUUGAUUACAGAGACCUUAUUCUUAUGUUGUUUUACGAGAAUAGUGAAUGUUCCAUAUGGAAGUGGUGGCCAAGCGGUUUGGUAAUUUUACUACUGCAGAAAAUACUGUGUAACUCUUGUGGGGGUAAUAUAUGAGAUAUGAGUGAUUAAUGUUUGAAUUUGUUACACUUGUUUAGUUCCGAUUUUGAUUCCAAACGUAAUUUUUGUGAA